CUUUUCCCUCUCUGUUCCUCCGAGGGCUGCUGGGUGUGUGGUCUUCGGCCUGGACCAUCUCUCGCCAUCGGGGCCGCUCGAGGCCUUUACAGAUGAAAAGACUGAGGCUUAGGGACACUACGGAUUGUAUGCCUUGGUGAAGGUGCUUCUGGAAACUAGAUCGUGGUUAUUACGCUUGAGAAAAGGUUACUACAUUCCAUCAAAUCUGAGACCCCGCUGAGUUUAAGAAGCACCACUGUCGUAUGUAGACUAAGAAAAACUGCCGAUUAAGGUGAGACAGUCCAUCAAGCGGAAGAUGCAGCCUUGUUUCAAAGAUAUUAUAGUGGAAAAAGUGGGUGUCACAAGCAGCACAAUACGAUUCUAGAAGAUGGCAAAGUUCAUGACACCUGUGAUCCAGGACAACCCCUCGGGUUGGGGUCCCUGUGCAGUUCCUGAACAGUUUCGGGAUAUGCCCUACCAGCCGUUCAGCAAAGGAGAUCGACUAGGAAAGGUUGCAGACUGGACAGGUGCCACAUAUCAAGAUAAGAGGUACACGAAUAAGUACUCCUCUCAGUUCGGUGGUGGAAGUCAGUAUGCUUAUUUCCACGAGGAGGAUGAAACCAGUUUCCAGUUGGUGGACACAGCACGCACACAGAAAACCGCCUACCAGCGGAAUCGGAUGCGAUUUGCACAGCGGAACCUCCGCAGAGACAAAGAUCGACGGAACAUGUUGCAGUUCAACCUGCAGACCCUGCCUAAGAGCGCCAAGCAGAAGGAGAGAGAACGCAUACGACUGCAGAAAAAAUUUCAGAAACAGUUCGGAGUGAGGCAAAAAUGGGACCAGAAGUCACAGAAACCCCGAGACUCUUCAGUGGAAGUCCGUAGUGACUGGGAGGUGAAAGAGGAAAUGGACUUUCCUCAGUUAAUGAAGAUGCGCUACUUGGAAGUGUCAGAGCCUCAGGACAUUGAGUGCUGUGGGGCCCUGGAAUACUACGACAAGGCCUUUGACCGCAUCACCACAAGGAGUGAGAAGCCGCUGCGGAGCAUCAAGCGCAUCUUCCACACCGUCACCACCACGGACGACCCGGUCAUCCGAAAGCUGGCAAAAACUCAGGGGAACGUGUUUGCCACCGAUGCCAUUCUGGCCACGCUGAUGAGCUGCACCCGCUCUGUGUACUCCUGGGACAUCGUUGUGCAGAGAGUCGGGUCCAAGCUCUUCUUCGACAAGAGGGACAACUCUGACUUUGACCUCCUGACGGUGAGUGAGACCGCCAACGAGCCCCCACAGGAUGAAGGCAACUCCUUCAACUCGCCCCGCAACUUGGCCAUGGAAGCGACCUACAUCAACCACAACUUCUCCCAGCAGUGCUUGAGAAUGGGAAAGGAGAGAUACAACUUCCCCAACCCAAACCCGUUCGUGGAGGACGACAUGGACAAGAAUGAAGUUGCCUCCGUCGCAUACCGUUACCGCAGGUGGAAGCUUGGGGACGAUAUCGACCUUAUUGUCCGUUGUGAGCACGAUGGUGUCAUGACCGGAGCCAACGGGGAAGUGUCCUUCAUCAACAUCAAGACCCUCAACGAGUGGGAUUCCCGGCACUGUAAUGGCGUAGACUGGCGUCAGAAGCUGGACUCCCAGCGAGGGGCUGUCAUUGCCACCGAGCUAAAGAACAACAGCUACAAGUUGGCCCGAUGGACCUGCUGCGCCUUGCUGGCCGGGUCGGAGUAUCUCAAGCUUGGUUACGUGUCCCGGUACCACGUGAAAGACUCCUCACGCCACGUCAUCUUGGGCACCCAGCAGUUCAAGCCCAAUGAGUUUGCCAGCCAGAUCAACCUGAGCGUCGAGAACGCCUGGGGCAUCCUGCGCUGUGUCAUCGACAUCUGCAUGAAGCUGGAGGAGGGCAAGUACCUCAUCCUGAAGGACCCCAACAAGCAGGUCAUCCGCGUCUACAGCCUGCCCGACGGCACGUUCAGCUCUGAUGAGGACGAGGAGGAAGAGGAGGAGGAGGAGGAAGAGGAAGAAGAGGAAGAAACUUAAACCAGACAGUGACGCGGAGCUGGAGUUUGUCUCACUGAGCCUAGAAGGGCCUUGGAUGCCUAGCAGGAUGCUUGUUUGCUUGCUUGCUCUCUGGAGUUGAACAGGGAGAAUAAAGUGUAACUGUUCAGUCUCUUACCUUCA